AAUAAAGAAUCAUAAACCUCUCCUCGACGAAGAAGGGAAAUCGAGCCGUCGAGAAAAUCAGUAGGUACCGAUAGCGGUAGGAAAUAGUGUCUCUGCGUUUCACUCCGUCGUAUUAAAUCAAAUCCCUAAUCCAAAACACCGUCAACGUUUCUGUGUUUGCGUCGGAGCUUCGAAAUGUUGGGUGGGUUAUACGGAGACCUACCUCCUCCUUCUUCCGCCGAAGAAGAUAAACCAACCACCAAUGUCUGGUCAUCCAGCACCAAAAUGGCCCCCGCUACUCUCCGUAAACCUUCCUCUUCUCUUUACACACCUCCCCAUACCCUUCUUCGAUCCCAAAACAAACCUAAAAUCGUCAAUUCCACCAAAACUAUUCUCUCUCCUGCACCACAGCCGAUUCUUGCUUCGCCACUUGACGAUGUCGUCGUUCAACCGGCUCUUGUAGGAGUACAGUCGACGGUGAUGGAGGAGUAUGAUCCGGCGAGGCCGAAUGAUUAUGAAGAGUAUCGAAGGGAGAAGAAAAGGAAGGCUAGAGAAGCGGAGAUGAUGAGGGAGCUGGAGAGACGAAGGGAGGAAGAGGAGGAGAGGGAGAAAGAGAGGGAGAGGGAGAGAGAAAGAGAAAGGGAGAGAGAUAGAGAUAGGGAGAGAGAUCAGGGAGAUUCCAGAUUGAAUAUUUCCGGUGAGGAAGCGUGGAGAAGGCGUGUGGGGAUGAGUGGAGGAGGUGGCGGCAGUGGUGGAAGGGGUGUGCCGAGGUCGCCAUCGCCUCCUGGGAGUGUGGAUGGAUUUAGUAUUGGGAAGUCGGAGACCGUUGGGUUGGGAGUUGGUGCUGGUGGGCAGAUGACUGCUGCUCAGAGGAUGAUGGCAAAGAUGGGGUGGAAGCAAGGGCAAGGGCUUGGGAAACAGGAGCAAGGGAUUACAACUCCGUUGAUGGCGAAGAAAACCGAUAGACGGGCUGGGGUUAUUGUUAAUGCCAGUGACAGUAAGUCUGAUAAGAAAGUUAAGAGUGUUAACAUCAAUGGUGUACCUACCAGAGUACUGCUACUUAGAAACAUGGUGGGACCUGGCGAGGUAGAUGAUGAGCUGGAAGAUGAGGUAGGAUCAGAAUGUGCCAAGUAUGGAACAGUAACCCGAGUUCUGAUAUUUGAGAUAACAGAGCCAAAUUUUCCCACCGACGAAGCUGUAAGAAUCUUUGUGCAGUUUGAGAGAUCUGAAGAAACAACUAAAGCGCUUGUUGACCUUGAUGGUCGAUACUUUGGAGGUAGAACAGUGCGUGCCACAUUUUACGACGAGGACAAGUUUAGCAAGAAUGAGUUAGCUCCAAUGCCAGGAGAAAUUCCUGGCUUCACCUAGAAGAACAGAACGUCUAUGAUUUUUAAUCAAGUUGUUCUCAGUGAUUACGCUGAAGACUUGAAAUUGGAGUUUAAUAUUUUUAAUUACAUGAUAGUUGAGCAUUUAGUUAAGCUCCAAUCUUGGUCUAAAUGUGUUUGUAACAGUGACUAAGGGUUGUUGCUUAGGAAAUUAUUGUGAUGUCCACACUGAAAACUCCUUACUUGCACUAAUGUCGCCACUGUACAUUGUUGAACUUGAACGUUCCAUAAUAUUAUGAUCACUUGGAGUUUGAGAUACCAUCAAA